UUUUCUGACUUCUGAUGUUUACAUUGAAUCCAGCUGAUAGUUUUGACUGUAUGUGUAUGUUAUAAACAAAUUUUGAAAACAAUGUUGUCCUUUAUGAUACAUAAAACCGUGUGUGGUUUAAUACAGUUACCUCCUCGGUGAGUUUUAAAUGUGACAGCUGCAAUUUCGCCCUUUUGUGACACCAGUGAUGGACGAUGUUUAUUCCGUGUGUGACUGAAAUAUAAGCCUAUUUAUUUGUGAAAAUGCGUGAAGAAUCGGGGCAAACGCCGAAACCUGGCGAGAGAGCGUUGGCAGUUAUGAAGUUUGUGGAAGAUGUUGCAAUUUUUAAAACGCCAGACACACCAAAAAUAAAACGGAAGGCGAAAAAAGUGUUGGAUGAAGAUUCAUAUAUACAGGAGAUGGGCAAAAUAAUCCAGCGAGACUUUUUCCCAGAUCUGGAAAAACUAAAAGCCCAGAAUGAGUAUCUAGAUGCUGUGGAGAAAAAUGACAUUGAGAAGUUACGGGAGCUUUAUUCAAAGUAUAGUAGUGGAAAACGCCCACCAACAGAGAGAUAUGCUAGCCCUGCUACGUUUGAAACUCCUCUUGACGUUCGAAGGGAGGAUGACCCUGCAGGUUCUGCCACGCCUAAACAAACAGCAAAAGAUAUCCACGGCAAUGAUAGGGCCUCUGAGGUGACAGAGAGUGCAUCCGAUGGCAGGAACAGUGACCCAGAAACAAAAAGCCUUGGAGAAGAAGAUGGGGGCUCUGUAAAACUGAGCUUAGAUCAGUACCUGAACUCUCACACCAGUGAGGACAACCAGAGUUUUCAGGAGAUCAUGGAAGCAGCAGAAGUAAAGCAUAGACAAAAGUAUUCGUGGUUAUACGCAAAAGAAGACAAUUCUGAUAAGGAUAAGAACAAAAGGCUUGCACUACCAUCAAUAGAACAACAAGCAGCUGGCACAGAAAGGCCACUUAUGAUUGACACUUGGGGCUACACUAACAAGAAUUACAUAAUGUAUGUUCCAGAUGGGGUGGCUCUGACACCAGAGGAGGAGGUGGAACGAGCUCGGAGGAAGCAGGAGGUGGUACACCAGAACACUCGCCUUGCCAAGAACCCAUUUGAUGAGCAACACAGCAAAGAAGUUAUCCACCAACUGGCUCAGAGCCAGGCCCAAGCAUUGGAGGGCAAGAUUGGUGUGGAUGGCAAAGAACUCACACAGACCAAUGCCACACCCACAAUACGAGGCUUCUCCUUUGUGAAAACUCCUUCUCCAGCCCCUGGUGUGAAUGAGUCUCCACUGAUGACAUGGGGUGAGAUUGAGGGAACACCAUUUCGCCUGGAUGGUGGGGACACUCCGGUUAGACCAAACACAGGCCCAAGUUUCCGCAUGCCAGAACCACCAAAAAGAGAAAAACUUGCUCUCGCCCUGGCAGAGCGUGCGGGUGAGAGGCUGCGUGACCGCAAAACCCGUGCUAUUGCUACUGCAUAUCAACAGUUGUCCACGCCAUCCCCAAGACCUGGUUCUGGAACUUUAGAACGCCUCAGUUCAAUGUCACCUGCUGCAAGGCGACUUGCAACAGCUCAGCUACGAACAUCUGACCGUGCUCUGCAGGCAUCCUACAGCCCCAGCCCCAGACGCUGCACAAGUGGAACAAGCAAUGGCAACACCCCCACCCCCGUUACUCCAGGCACACCUCGGUCUGCAGCGCCAGGGUCAACGCGAGCUGCUGUCUCAGCAGGGAUUCGCAGGCAUCCGACACCGGACCGGAAUCUCACAGAUAACUUGCUGUGCCUGCCUAAACGGGCACGGGCAUCAGAUUUCUUUUGAGCUCACUUUCCAUUUUUGUAAAUGACUGGAAUAUGAAGAGUUACACAGGUGCUAGAGCUGUGAACUGACAGAGGUUCUAAUUUUUUUUAUAAUAACCACAGACUUUUUGUGUAACCUUUGAACCUCUGGUUUUCUGUUUGGUGAUUCCUGCUGCUGCAUUUCACUGGAAAGCCAUAUAAUCAUACAUUGGAUUACUUUACGUUGCAGAGUGUUACAGCAAGGAGUAUGAACUGGCCAAAUAUGGAAUAAAAAUGAAACUUACGCCAGCAUGACAAUUAUCAUUUUAAAGCACAUAGUGCUUGUCCUAGCCACUGACUGAAGUUGCCAGUGUGUAGCCUUGUAGCAGUACAACUUCAGUUUCUCAUGUUUAGCGAUGACAUAUAAGAAAGUGAAUUAAAUAACGGCUAUCCAUAUGUAGCGUAUUUCAGACCUCUGUGAAUCAGCCAUUAAAAGAAACAAAUAAGUGGAUGGACAACACAUGUACUUACUGCUGCUGUGUUUUGUGCUGACUACUACUUAUAUACUAUUGUGUGGUUCAAUGUUCUGAGGAUAUGUUCAAACAGAUGUAAACAUGGCCUCAUUUAUGUGUACACCUUAAAGUACUGUAAAAUAAUUGCAAGACUAUUUUCUAAUAAUUUAGGAAGUCUUUUGUAAGUUGGUCAAAAAUUUGUGGAAUAUCUAACUGCACACAUUGUGCUUGGAUUUCCAGCUAUGGUGAUGAAAGCAGGAAAUAGAAAUGGUAUAAAAAUAUUUAAGAAAUUCCACGUGUUGACAUUAAUGAUGUCAACAUUAAACUUCAUCAGAGGAGAUACAAACUGUAGUAGAGUCAGUGUUAGUAGAUCCCAGAUAGAUGGCAGCACUGUUGCCAACUUUCAACUACGAAGGCAUUGCCAUAGAGACGUCUAUAUAAUCACAUUAUGUGAUUGGCAGAGGCAGGUGCAUGAGCCUACUGCACCCAGCCAACUGCAGCUGCCAGGAAGCAGCUUAUGCUGACUCAACUAUAGGUUGUGGGGUUAAAAAUUAGGGGGAGGAUAUUUGUUUUGUGCCACAAAACAGCAUUAUAAAGAGCUCUAGGCCCAAAUGAAUGUAAAGACAAACAAGCCGAAACAUUCACCAUAAUCUUCAGUAAGAUGCUUCGGUUCCUCACUGCAUUGAUGUUAUCAAAAUUGGGUGAGAGAGAGAGAAAAUGUAAGUGUGUCCAUCCUUGCCUGUGUCCGUCCUAAUCAAAUGGAAAGAAAUUAAAUUAAUUUCAAUGACAGUUGAAAGCAGCAGUGGUAAAGAGAUACAAUCAAAAGAUAACACAAUAAGUGUGUUAUAAUUAAUAUGUAAUAGAAACUAUAUGAAGCCCCAUCUGUAACCUCUCUAGUUUUAAGCUGGAAAAAAAUCUUAAAUGACUACAAGUAAUCCCAUGCUGUGUUGAAUAUAUCAUACACUUAAGUCAAAAAGGUGAAUUUGUAGAUAUUACUGACAAUUGGGAAAACUGAGGAAGAGAAACCCAAUGGUAGGUGCAAGUAUUUUUCAGUGUACACUAAAAAAAAACUGGAAUAAAUCUGUAUAAAUUAAUUUUCUGUGAGAAAAUGAGUCAUGAUGAAUCACAUAACUAAUUAUUAAUAGUGUCAAAACAAUUUUUGUUUGAAAAAAAUAAGAUAAAACCUGACAAUGAAAUGGGAGUUCUAGUUUUUAAAGAUUUGUGUCAGUAAAAUGCAAACAUUUACAAACUUUAAAAUAUAAAAA